UGGCAUACGUUCUACAAUACUCCCUUUAUAAUCAAAAUAUGAAGUUGUACUCAGUGUCGGAUGGGCCACCUUCUCUUGCUUGCAGGCAAGCUCUGAAAGCAUUGAAGAUUGAUUAUGAAUUGGUAAACGUAGAUUUUGGACGAGGUGAACACAUGACGGAUGAUUUUGAGAAAUUGAAUCCUCAAAAGGAAAUACCAGUAUUAAUAGAUGGAGAUCUCACAAUCGGAGAAAGCAAUGCAAUUUUGCAAUACCUUGCUGAUAAAUACGAUGGUAGCGGAACACUUUAUCCAAAAGAUCCCGCCGCACGCGCAAUCGUGAAUCACAGGCUCUGCUUCAACCUAUCUACAUAUUAUCGUUAUAUUUCAGAAUACGUAAUGGCACCGAUAUUCUUCGCGUACGAGCGAACACCUCUUGGAUUAAAAAAGAUGAAUAUUGGCUUGAGUGCCUUUGACACAUACCUAAAACGUUCCAAGACAACUUAUGCUGCUGGAAAUAACUUAACAAUCGCUGACUUUCCCCUUGUAACAGCCACAAUGUGUUUGGAGGCAAUCGAUUUUUCUUUAUCUACAUGGUCUUUCGUCGAAAGUUGGUACAACAACUUUAAAACAAAACAUCAAGACUUGUGGGAAAUCGCCCAAGGUGGCAUGCAGGAGAUCAGCUAUUUUGAAAAGAAUCCUCCCGAUCUCUCACAUAUGGAUCAUCCUAUACAUCCGGUUCGAAAACAAAACUAAAUUUACUCUGAUAACAGCACUUGAGCAAUAUGAUUUUUCAUAUUUCA